AUGUACGACCCCGUAGCGCUGGAUCUCAGCUACGUGAACCGAACGCUUCCACGACACUAUGACUCCGACGAAGAGGAUAUCUCCGAAUCAGAGGGCCACGCCUCGCCGCUCGAUGCCCACAAGCGCUCGGCCACUCUCGACUCGAUCUUGAGCGUCAGCGACGGGGGCCAUGAACAGGAGCAGAAUGACGAACAAGACCAGCACAACCCAGAGUCAGGGGCUGGCAGACCGGCGUUCUCUCGUCUCCUGUCGCUCCCAACAGACCUCUACGUCCCCUCUGAACCACUUACUUCACCACGCAACUCAUUCAACUCUGCUUCAUCCGCCUCCGUUUAUUCCGACGACGAGAGCGAUAUCUUCGUGGCCGAACAGGUCACAUACGUCGAACACGCAAAACCUAAUCUAAUCCUAAUCUCGCCCACCGAGUCCUGCCCGUCUUCCUCUUUCCCCCCCAGAGACGGCAACCUGCCGUCGCCCUCGUCCUCUGCUAGUUCAGGCUCGGUCUACUCCAACGACGAAGCCUCCAGGUCGCAGCCCGUCCUGGGUGAGCCAUGGCCGCACCGCGGCCGGGACCACUCGCCGUUUCCCAGCCGGCCCCUGCACACCAAGACCCCCGGCAGCCUCAGCGCCCUGGAUACGCUGAAGAACUGCGGUCCCCGUCAGGCCGUGAACGAGCCCAUGAGCGCGCCGGCCGUCGAGGCGCCACGGCCCCUAUCCUUUCGUGCACGCUCAAUGUCUUUCUCUCGGCCUCAGACCCCCGCCGCAGACGCGCGGCGGCGCUUACAGAAGGAGCCCUCGCGCCGACCACCCUCGGCCCAGAGCACGGCGACCUUCUCUCUCUUCCCAGCCCAGUCCCAGUCCCGGACAUCGACCCCAAUCCUGACUCACGGUAACGGGCACGAAGACUCGUGCGCCAGCUCCACAUACUCCCUGCCCCUCUCCUCCAGCCAGCCACCCUCUCGCAAUGCGAGUCCGAGCCCUUACUCCUGCGGCUCGCCCGCCUACAACCGCUCCCGUUCGGGGUCUCUCUACAGCGUCUCCAGCAUGUCGGCUGCGCAUUCCCAGGCCACCGGGAAGCGUCCGCCGCUGCCCUACCGCGGUUCAAUCUCCAUGGUCAAGUCCAGGUCCAGCACGAUGCCGAUGGGUGGGUAUUCGUCCAGCAGUCUGCGAGCGGAGCUCAACCCGCAACCAGAAGAGCAGAAGACAUCCUCCAAGAGCAAGAGCAAGACCCACAGCAGCAAGAAGAGCAUGAAACAGUCCAAGGACAAGGAAUCGGAGACUCCAUCGUCGGCCAAGAGCUUUGUGGGGUUUAUGCUGCGCGGAAAGAGGAAGUCGGUGAUUAAGAAUUGA